UGUAGUAGACCUAUGUUAGCGGAGAGCUAUAGUUCCUUGGGUAGCGUCUGUUCGGUCGACUUUGUCCAAACUCAGUUUGGAAGAUGCAAUUUUGUUUUCUUUUAAUGAACAGAAGUAACGUUUGGGGGCGCACUGCCCGUGUCAGACUGUGAAAUGCCUUCAUUUAUGUAGGCAAUAUUUCAGUGUCUUCACUGCAUUGAAUGUAGUUUUUAAUUAUAUGGCUUGAGUGAAUAACCAAUGUUAUCAGAAAUUUCAAGUACAGCCAGUUAUAUUACGGUCAUAAUACGGUAGCAAUUUUUCUGUUGAAUAUAACGAACUAUGGCCAGUGGCACUAUAAGUUCACCCGAUUUUGAUUAUUUGUGCCGUCUCUGUGCUGCAAAAACAAGUGUCCUAAUGGGGCUUCAUAUAUUUGAACGUGAAGGUGAUUCAAGACAAAUAUUUAAGAAGAUAUCAGAAUGUUUACCUGUUCAGGUUGCUCUGACAGACAAACUUCCAAAAAUGGUGUGUGAAGAGUGUGUGUAUAAAUUGGAUUUACUGUUUGAGUUCAGAGAAAAGAGUGUCAAGACAGAGACAUAUCUAGAAAAUGUGCUGAAAACAAUUGAACCGCAAUUGCCUCCGCUGCCGCCUCCGCUUCCACCUCCACCCCCACCACCGCCACCACCUGCACAGGACACUGCAGAUUGUGCAGUAACCGAGUAUACCCCUGCAGAAGAGGAGCAGAUAAAGUCAAAUGAUAAUGUCAAGUGUGAACCUGAAGUCUUGAUCAAAGUGGAAGAGGUCAAUAACAUGAAUAUGCCUGAAGGAGAGGAGAGUGAUACAGACACAGAGACAGAUUCCGAGAGUGAAUCAGAGAGUGACAGUGAUGACAACACAGGUGCAGAAGACAGUCAUCAUGGGAGCUUGUCAGCACUAGCUGAACAUGAUGGGCAGCAGGAAAAUGAAAAUACAGUGGUUGUUCUGGGUUCUGGGGCAACAGAAGCUUCUACAAGCCAUGGAAUAAACCAGUUUGAAAAGAUAGAGGGUGCAGAUGGUGUCGGGAUUGAAGCCAGAGCAAAUUUCACAAAUCCAGCUGCAAAUGGACUCCUUAUGCUGUCAUGUCCACAAGCCUCUGAAUAUACUGACCAGGCAUCAUGGUUCUUUUGCCAUAUUUGUGGCAAGGCUUUUGCCAAGAGGGAAGAGUUCCAGUCUCACUAUGAAGAUCACUGCAACAAAUGUAAGGUAUGUGGAGCAAUGUUUACCAAUGAGGAAGCUCUGAAAGCACACCGUAAGGAGAUGCACUCCCGUAAGCAGAGACUGUCUGGUACACCAAUCAUGCAAGAGGAGAAGAAGGGAAUGACACGGAGAAAGAAGUGGGAACCCAAAGUGUGCCCCGAGUGUGGGAAGCAAUAUCGAACUAACUACAAGUUGACGGAGCACAUGCGGAAACACACAGGCGAGAAACCUUUCAAAUGUUCAACAUGUAUAAAGGCAUUCAGAUCUAAAAUUGGACUGGCCCAGCAUGAGGCCAAGCAUACGGGUCAUUAUGAAUUUACUUGUAACACGUGUGGGAAAGGCUUCCAGUGCAAGUCAUAUCUCAUUGUUCACCAGCGUGUUCACAGUGAUCUGAAACCCUACCCAUGCACCACAUGUGGGCGCAACUUCAAGACUAAACAAUCUCUCCUUGAUCAUCAGAACCGCCACCUGGGGGUGAAACCAUACCUUUGUGAGACCUGUGGACGUCGAUUUAUCACAAAGGGUCUUUGUAAGUCACACCAGCGCAUUCAUUCAGGGACAGACAACAAGCAGUUCCCCUGCACAGUAUGCAGCAAGAUGUUCGUAAGCAAAUCAUAUCUGGCUACACAUUUGCGUAUUCACACUGGGGAGAAGCCCUUCAUGUGCGAGGUAUGUGGCAAAGGCUUCCUGACUCGUGUUGACUUGCGUAUCCACUCCACUAUGCAUACAGGAGAAAAGAGUUUCGUGUGUGAAUGGUGUGGCAAGGCAUUUGCUAGGCGUGAUGCCUUGCGCUGCCAUAGGCGUAGUCAUACUGGUGAACGUCCAUAUCGUUGUGAUAUCUGUGGCCAGAGCUUUACUCAGUUUUCACCACUUACAAUCCAUAAGCGACUGCAUACUGGUGAGCGACCUUACCCUUGUGACAUCUGUGAGAAAGCCUUUGUGUCCCGCUCAACAAUGAUGUCUCACAGAAAGAAACACCACACCUGAGGAAUGCAAGUCACAGAUGUCAGGACAUUGGACAGCUCCUGUGUUCUUGUCACAUCCGAUAUGUGCUCUAGCACACCAUGAAGUGCUAGAGCUGUACCAAUGUCCUGUUUAGGGCAUGAUGAUGUCCCUGAAUCAUCUGUGACUUCCAGUUUUGUCUCAUAUUCUGCAACAGAAACACCACAGACUGAUUAGUGUCUUGUGUGAUCAUACUUGGAAGUUUAGCAUAAGCACAAGUACAGAUAUCACAGUAAUUAGAGGACCUGUACUCAUAGUUUGAGCUUCCUGAGCAAAGAACACUUCCAUGACAGUAUGACUGUUUGUCACGAUCAGAUCAGUAAUUUUAUGUAGUCAUAGUUUGUGUGUGUCUUGAAUUGAAAUAAAAGAUAGAGAAUCUGCUUUAUGUAGAAUAUUAAUAAUUUUUAGUAACAUUCUGUGUGAAAUAUGUACAAGGUUGGUGAUACCAUAUGUAAUCAUUUUGGAUAAUAUUUUAUAGUCUGAAUAUUGUACAAUUUAUCACAUUUAGAAACAUUGUUUGUUAUUUAACUGCUGCAUCUUGGUUCUGAACCUGUUAAGCCUUGUAAUUGCUGCUGCAUUAACUUACAAAUACUGUCACUGCAUUAUUAACACUGAAGUACUCGGUACUACAACUUGUAUUUUAGACUGUCAUACAAAUUUUUAGGAUUGUUUUUGUGUGGACUGUGACAAAAUGAAAGAAACUAUUGUAAUAAUUUUAGGUAUUUUUAAAUUUACCAAGUUCAUAAAUGUGGAAGUAAUUCAUUCAACCCUUUCAGUGCCAACCCAACAAAUUUAUACACACCUCAUAUUGUGCUAACUUCUGUUCUAGGAACAGUAUUUUACAUUAGUCAUGUGCCAUGUAUUUUUAAUCUGUCACUAUGUGAGACUUGUGCACCUCUUUCUCCAAACUGAGUACCUUGGUAAUGUCAUUAAUUCAGGCAUAUUUUGCAUUUGGGUAAGAUAUGUUUGGUAUGCUCAUAAAUAUGACAAUUUGAACUUUUCUGUUUUUCAUAAUUCAUAACCAUGGUGAGCAUGGGAAAGUAUCUCACCAUCGUUUUACAGGUAAAGUUUUCUAUCCUUCUGCAGAGUGCUCUAUUGCAUGAUUGAUUGGUGCUUCUGUCUCAUGGAGAUUGAACUGAAA